AUGCCAUCACACAAAUUUCAUUCCGUCCAUACCAAAGAUCGGAAAGGGAAGAUUAUUUCACGAUUUAUCAACAAUGAUGUGGCAAAUAAUUCAACGAUGAAUCAUCCUUCAAAUGAAUUACAAAAUGUGCUACUUUCACCGUCGUUCAGCAUUUAUUCUCAAAAUUUACUUGCUUCCUAUUGGACUGAUUUAGAUCGAUACGGUUUUGUAGAAGCACCCCAUUCAGAAAAUUAUGAAUGGAGUGGAAGGGUUAAAAAAUUUAUGAGAGACUUUUCAAUGCACCGUCCUGAUGUGAUUUGUUUGCAGGAAGUUGAAAUUUCACUAUUUGAAAAUGAUAUUUUAAAUCCAUUGAAAUUAAUGGGAUACAACGGAAUGGUGCAGCAAAAGCUUGGAGAUUUCCCAGUGGGCGUGGGAUGUUUGUAUAGAGAAGAAAAAUUUGAACUCGUUCAAGUACAUGAAAGAAGUUCAGUAAUUAUUCUUGUGUUAAAGCUAAAGGAAAAUGGAAAACUUAUUUAUGUUGCAUCAUGUCAUUUGUUGGGAGAUCCGUUACAGCCUCAAGUGAGAGUUAAUCAAUUACGGUCACUUUUUAAGCAUUUGAAAAGUUAUCAAAAAGGUCAGGAACAUGCACUCGUAUUAUGUGGAGACUUUAAUGCAGAGCCUCAUUCAGCUACGUAUAAUCUUGUUGUGGAUGGUUACUUGCAUGCUCAUGUCAAGGAAAAUGGUGUUGAAGCGACGGCCAUUGAUACAAAACAUGCUUUCAAACUUAAAAGUGCAUACAUGGAAAUUGAUGGAGAAGAACCAUCUUUCACAUUGAAAACCAAAAAUAAUGCCCUAGUGACGGAUUAUAUUUUUUUCAGCUCAAAUUUCCUUAAUGUUGAAAAGGUGAUGGAAGUCUGUGAACCUAACGAUGUUCCUUACAUCAUGACCACAUCUCAUCUUCCAAAUUCCAAGUAUGGAUCUGAUCAUUUGGCACUGCAAGCUGUUUUUGCUUUUAAAGAUGAAAAAGUUGGGAAUGACGCUUGA